AUGAGAUCGAUAGUGCUGCAAUCUCUUCGCCUCUUUGUUUGCAGCGGCAUCUCUACCACAGUAAAGGGUCUGAACCAGCCUCUUAUCCGGAAGAAACCCCACUUCAUUGCAAAAAGAUUCUGCUCACAAAAGUCGGUUUCACCGGACGCUUCAUCGGCGGUGCCGUCAACUCAUGAUAGUAAUGACAUUCCAUCGGCUGCCGCUGCAAGUCCACCAUCAGAAUAUCGUCUGGGGCCCGAAUCAGAAUUGGAGCCACGAAUUCUCGUGGUAGGAGACGGGGACCUGUCUUACAGUGCCAGCAUCGCAUCGCAGUCUUCCAAAUCCGACAUUUCGUUGGUAGCAUCCGUUUUGGAAAGUGAGGCGGAACAUGCUCGAGUCUACCGUAAUUCACAACAGCAUAUUCAGUCCAUUUCAUCCUUUCCAUCUCAUCAUUUGCUAUUUGAAACCGAUGCCACAAGGCUGCACCAACAAUUCCCGUCGGACAUGUCAUUUGAUCGCAUCAUUUUCAACUUUCCUCAUUGGCUUGGGAAAAAGUCCAACAACAGGUACAAUCGGGAGCUUCUGGGGAACUUUUUGGCCAGUGCGAGUCAAGUCUUGAAACAGAAUGGUGGAGAAAUACAGGUAGCUUUGAGAAGUGAGCAAGGGGGAGCCCAUUCGGAGGAUCUGGUGGCAUGGAAAACAAGCUGGAAGGCUGCAGAACUUGCCGUGGAUGCCGGGCUGAUGUUGCGACGGUUGGAUCCCUUUGUGCCAACUUAUGAUGUCUCUUCGUAUCGAGGAGCUGACAAAAAGUUUCACCUGGGAGUGAAACCGGAACGAUACAUCUUCACCUUUCCCAAUGGCAGACCCAUAGAUCGUGACCUGCAGAUAUGCUAUCGCCACGAGCUUCGUAUCAUGCUGGAUCCUGCUUGCUUGGAUGCGAGCCCUUACCCGAAGGAUGCUUUGUUGAACGAUGACAGCAUUGUUCUGGAUAUUGCUCGCAGUGUUGCACCCGAAGGAGUGCACGUGGAGAUCCCCAUACGGACCCAGAUCACGCCGACUCCAGGCAAGAAUACAGCUCAUUGUCCUUUGCUUGUGUUCCUGCUGGUAUAUGGAGGAGAUUCCAUCCCUCUUCAGCGCAUGGAAGCCGACAGCAUUCGAGAACGACUGGAAGAAGCAGUCAAGACGAGGCUAGGAUUUCCCCUCGCGAAACCGGGAAGGUUGGUUUCCAAACCCUUUCCAUACGUACUGUUGCGGAAGCUUGUCAGAGACUACAGCUGA